UAUGUCUCUAAAAGAAACAGAUUGAGAACAGUAUAAAGAAAAAAAAUAGAAAACAUUAAAAAAAAUGCCACUGAACUAUGCAAAGUUGGAAAUACUGCCUCCAAACUCUGGGACAAAGUUAAUACCAAAACUGAAACAAAGCUGUGUUUUGUGAAGCGGUUUAGUAGCAGGACAUUGGAAGAAAGCGUGUGAGCUCACUUCAUAGUAAAACAGGUCCUGCAAGGCCAGGUAACUCAGGAAGCAGAGGGUAAUUAUUCACAGAAGAAAGCCGGUAGUGUACUGUUACAAUACUACUGUAGCAAGUCAGAAGGUCACCGGGCUCGCAGGGUAGCUGACACAACCCGAGACUGCUUGGCUCCCUUCAAAAAGAAAGAAUAAAAUGGGAGAGAAUGAAGCUGGUUUACCUAACAUGCCUUUGCAAGGUAAAAAGAUGGCUUAUCAGAAGGUCAAUGCAGAUCUAAGAACCACGGGACACUCACAGUACUUAGACAAUGAUGACCUUCAAGCCACUGCCCUUGACUUAGAGUGGGAUAUGGAGAAGGAACUGGAAGAACCGGGCUUUGACCAGUUCCAACCAGACAACGCUGAGAAUCAGAACUUGGGGCACUCAGAGACUUUAGACCUCCAUCUUGAUUCCAUUCAACCAGCAACUUCACCCAAAGGAAGGUUCCAGAGACUUCAAGAAGAGUCUGACUAUGUUACCCACUACACAAGAUCUGCACCAAAGGGCAGUCACUGCAACUUUUGCUCCCUUUUAAAAAUACUUUUCACAGCCACCAUUCUAUUUAUUUUUGGAAUUAUAAUAGGGUAUUAUGCACACAUGAAUUGCCCUUCUGAUGUCUCACCAUCAGGAACAAAUGACUACCAGUUAUACCAAGAUAUUCUCAAGACAAUCAAAGCAGAAGAUAUUAAGAAAUUCUUCAGAAAUUUAGUACAACUUUAUGAAAGUGAAGAUGACAUGGAAAUUUCAAAGAGGAUUAAGACUCAGUGGACUGCAUUGGGCCUGGAAGAUACACAGCUUAUGAACUAUUCAGUGUUGCUGGAUUUCCCCGGGCCCUCUCCAAGCACCAUCACUGUGAGCAGCACUGGCCAAUGCUUUUAUCCUGAUGGCCAACCUUGCAGGGAAGAAGCCAGAAAAGGCCACAGCCAAGAUCUGCUCUCCUCAUAUGCAGCCUAUUCUGCCAAAGGAACUCUCCAGGCUGAUGUCAUAGAUGUGAGUUAUGGAACUACAGAUGACCUGAAACGGAUUUCAAAGUUGAAAAAUGUAACAAAUCAAAUUGCACUACUGAAAUUAGGAAAAUUCCCACUGCUGUAUAAGAUUUCCUUACUGGAAAAAGCCGGCUUUGGAGGUGCUCUUCUCUACACUGAUCCUUGUGAUAUACCAAAGCCUGCAGAUCUAAGCUCUGAGUCCUUUAUGGUGACACUAAAUCCAGGAGGAGACCCAUCUACACCUGGAUACCCAAGUCUUGAUGGAAGCUUCAGACAAAACCGACAAAACCUCACCCACCUAUUAGUGCAGCCCAUCUCAGCAUCCCUCGCCAAAGUGCUCAUCUCUUCGCCGAAACUGAGAGUAGAAAAUGAUGCCUGUAGACCUCUGGAACUCCCACACAAUGAAAAAAGAACUGUCAGUUUGCAAGUGCAGACAGUCACAAAAUUUAAGAGAGUGUCUAAUGUUGUUGGCUAUCUGAAAGGUUUGACAUCACCAGACCGGUAUGUUAUAGUUGGCAGCAACCAUCAUUCUGAAUACAGUUAUAAUGGACAAGAAUGGGCCAGCAGUACUGCAGUAAUCACAACAUUUAUGCAAGCCUUGAUGAUAAAAGUGAAGGAAGGAUGGAGGCCAGAACGUACUAUUGUUUUCUGUUCAUGGGGAGGAACGACUUGGGGCAAUAUUGGCUCCUAUGAAUGGGGAGAGAAUUUUGCGAAGAUUCUACAAAAAAAUGCUGUGGCUUACAUUAGCCUCCAUAAUCCCAUCCGGGGCAACUCCAGCCUGUAUCCGGUAGCCUCUCCAUCUCUCCAGCAACUGGUAGUAGAGAAAACUAAGGUCAACUGUUUAAGAAGAGCUCAGUGCCCAGGAACCAAUGUCAGCUCUGUACAGAUACAAGGUGAUGCUGAUUAUUUCAUCAACCAUCUUGGAGUUCCAACUGUGCAGUUUGCUUAUGAGGACAUCAAAGCGUUAGAGGGUCCAAGUUUCCUCUCUGAGGCAAUUUUUCCUAAACAUGCAAGAAAAAUUGAAGAAAUGGAUCCAUCUUUCAACCUCCAUGAAGCCUUUACUAAGGGUGAAGGUAUCAGAUCCCUUUCAGACAGUUGUGAACUGCCAUCUGGGUGCUGGGGAUUGAAACCAGGUCCUUUAUCAAGUGCAGACACUGCUCUUAACCCCUGAGCCAUCUCUUCAGCUCCUUGACUGUCAUUUCUAACCUGAAUGAGCAAACAUCAGCAUUAUCAAGAAGUGUUCUAACGCUGGUGAUAAAGUGUUUGGAUAAAAUGUAAAAAAAAAAAUAUUCUUCUUAGAAAAUUAAGUAUAAGAAUAUUUAUUAUCCAAUAUAUAUUUCGACCCAUUUAUAUUCCCAUGUAUAUAUUUGAACUUAUUUUAAAUCUAUGGUUUUAUGCUUUUAUAUAUAAAUAAAAAUUUCCCAUAUUAUAUGAACUUGGUGAUAAUAAAUGCAAAAUGUCUCUGUGGAGAGCUACACUCCAUGACUUCAUGAUAUGCACUAAAACAAAUAAUAUCCUGGGGAAGUAUUUUCAAUGCAGAAAUUGCAUGUUGUAAUGAAAACGGUGGCUUAGAGCUGCUCAAGGGAGAGGGUAGUAUAUUAAAACCAACCUUUUAUGUUUUGAGGAGGAAGUAUUAUAAGGGUUUUCUCUUCACAAAUGCAUAAUUAAACUGAAUGUCUUCCUUUACUGAAAUUGGAGAUUGCACCGCAGUUAUGAAAUUUUUUACGUAGAAAGGUUUAGUUUAUUGUUU